AUCGAUAUGGAAGCUUCUACUCUAAACCCUUCUGCAUCUACCGCUCCCGAGAUCUCUGUAGAUUCUGAAAUAGCUUCUGUCUCUGAUAGUGACUCUUCUGAUGAAAUAUCACUUGCAACUAAAACAAAUUUAUGUUUUAGACGUUCCCGUCAUCUUUCUCUUCCUGAAUUAAAGCGUACGGCUUCCGUUUCUUCUCUUAGUUCUUACGCGUCUACUCCUCCUGGAACUCCCACAAGGAAUGAUAAAUCAUUAUUAAUCGAAGAAAACUUAUUAGCACUCGGUGAGUCUGGAGCCCUAGCUCAUAACUGGUAUUCUUGUGGCGGUGGUUCAAUUCACGCUGAUGGCCGUUGGUUCAAGGAUGAACAGGGCCGAACUUGUAUGUUACGUGGUGUCAAUUUGUGUGGAAAUUCAAAAUUACCUACAAAACCAGAUGGUUCAAGUCAUUUGAUUGAAGGAUUCUUUGAUCAUCGCAAUGUAUCUUUUGUUGGACGUCCCUUUCCAUUGGAAGAUGUUCAUGAACACUUUUCUAGAUUGAGAACAUGGGGCCUAACUUUUAUGCCACGUUAUGGCAUUAAGUGUUUCAUAGAUCCACAUCAGGAUUGUUGGUCACGUUUUUCAGGUGGCUCUGGUGCUCCAGGGUGGACUUUUGAAGUCGCAGGUCUUAACAUGGAGGAGUUCAAGGCUACAGGUGCUGCUUAUGUUCAUAAUACGCACCAUAGUCCAGGCGAACCUCCGUUACCCAUGGUAUGGCCUACAAAUUAUACAAAAUUGGCUAGUAGUACAAUGUUCACCCUAUUUUGGGGUGGUGAUGUAUUUGCACCAGAAACAAAAUAUGAAGGGAUAAACGUUAAAGAUUUUUUACAAGAAAAAUAUAUAAAUUGCUAUAAACACUUGGCAAAGCGUAUUCAACAUUUGGACGCUGUUAUGGGAUUUGAAUUAAUGAAUGAACCUCACCCUGGAUAUAUUGGCCUUUCAAAUCUUCUUCAAUAUGAUGCUGGUGCCACUCUUGUGUUUGGUGAUUCACCAAAUGCCUUGCAAUCAUUUGCUCUUGGGGCUGGUAUACCUCAGGAGAUUGAAGUAUGGGUUAGAUCAUGGCCAUUUCCUACUCGUAAACAAACUACCCGAAUUGUUAAUAAAGAGUGCAAAUCUGCAUGGAUAAAUAAUCAAUGUACUUGGCAGCAACAUGGUGUGUGGGGAAUUGAUACUAAUACCUCAAAACCUAAA